UUGGCUGUGCUGCAGUGUCGUCCCGACACGGAGAGCUGCAGCACUGCAAAGUGGAAGGGGAGACGGGGGAGGGGAGGGGGGGAGGGGGGGGGGGGAGGGGAGGGGGUACCGCACUGUCGUUACGAGUCCAACUGGAGACGCCAAUCAGCGCCGCGUCUCAGCCAGCAUCCAGGAUCUGCUCCAGAUACUCAGCAUCACUUGGAGCUGGAUGCAGCCUUGCAGGAACCUAAGCACCCGUGGAUUUCUCUUGGACGGAUUAUAACCCAGGAGUGCUUUUCUCUUGCGCUCCAUCACUUCCUGGCCCCCCAGCCAGCCAUACAGUCUGCCCCAGAUGCUGCCCCACCAGCUGGAGCUCCAGGUGCUCCAGGAGCCCCCGGCGCAGAUGGGGCCCCCGCCGGACCACCCGCCCCACCCAACACCUCCAGCAACCGCCGACUACAACAGACACAGGCCCAGGUUGAGGAGGUGGUGGAUAUCAUGCGAGUGAACGUGGACAAGGUUUUGGAAAGGGACCAGAAGCUUUCAGAGCUGGAUGACAGAGCAGAUGCUCUCCAGGCCGGAGCCUCUCAGUUUGAAAGCUGUGCAGCCAAGCUAAAAAACAAGUACUGGUGGAAGAACUGCAAGAUGAUGAUCAUGAUGGGUAUCAUCGGAGUCAUUGUGGUUGGAAUAAUAUUCUGUAACAACGACGAGGAAGGAGAAAAGCAAAACAAGGGCAAAAGACUGUGUGAGAGUUUAGGAUACGAGAUGAUUGAGGGAGGAAAAGCAGUCAAAUGGGAGAGAGGACCUCUGAAGGAAACUCUGAGCCACCUGGCCAUCCUGUCCCCUGCUGACUGGCAUAAAAACAGGCUCAUCUGUCACCUGCAGCAAGUCAACGGUCAGUUUGAGGAGUUUGUUUCUAACCUGCAUGGCAAAUGGUGUCCAUAG